AUGUUUAGUACAGAAGAAUUUAUUCGACAAUAUUAAAACUUAGCUAAUCCUAAUAAAACAAUUAGUCGUCAGGCAAAUUAAUACAUUUUGAAAUUAUAAUAAAGAAAUGAAGCGUUUGCAUUGCAAAAGAAUUAUUAGAUUAACCAAAUAUUUAAUAAGAAUAUUAAUUCAUAGCAUGUUAAAUGAUUUACAGAAGAUUAAAGGAAGAAUGCAAUAUUUCUAUUUAGCCAUAUCUUCUAUAACUACUAUCAAGACCUUUACCAACUGUUGCUUUGAAUUAAGUAUGUUCUUCUUUUGCUGUGAUAAUAGUUGGAAAUCGAUAAUUAUGGCGAGGGUAUUGUUUCUAAAUGAUACUAAUAUACUGUAGGAAUUGAUUGAAUUAAUGAAAGCAAAAAUGACAAUAGGAAUAGAAAUUUUAACUUAAAUUGCAAUUCAAGGUAAAGAGUGGUAUAAAAAAGGUGAAUAAUCAAGAUUGCAACAAGAGUUUAUCAGUUAAGAAAAUACUUUAUCAGAAAUAUUUCUGAAUUUAUUUUAUGUCUAAGACUUGAGUAUAUUUAAUUAAACAGUUUAUUGUAUUGAAUGUUGGGUAUAAUUCUCAUAUAAUUUAUUCAAAGACUAGAAAUUAACUUAAUAAAUAUUAGGUUUAAUAAAUUAGACACUUUAGAAUAAUGCUACAGAAUAUAGUGAUAAAUUAUUUACCUUAUUAAAUGAAGGUGUCAUAUUUUCAUAAUACAAUAGUGAAUAAAAUAUAAAUUCUAUUGAACCAGUUGUGUUAUAAAAUUUAAAUUUGAUUCUUGAAUUCUUAAUCAAAAUAUACAGUCCUCAAAUGUCAAAAGGAUAUGCUUAGUUUGCAACCAAAUUUAUCUGUAAUUUUUAUGCAAUUGUUUUUAAUUAAAAAUAUGAAUAAUCAGUUUUUAAUUUGAUGGGUAAUAUUGUAAGUAAUCCAUCAAGAAAAAUUGCAUUUUAAACUUUUGAAUUUUGGAGUUAGAUGCGUGAAUAUAAUAAAUUAUAAGGAUUUGGUUUAAAUAUUUUAUAAACAAUGAUUGAUAAAUGUAGAAUGAAAACAAUUAAAUUAACAAAAAAGUUUUUAUAAGGAGAGCCUGAAGAAGAAGAUACUGAUUAUAAUAUUAAGUAAGUAGGAUAGCAUUUUAUAUCAACUUCUGAUUUUAGAGAACAUUCUAAAGAUAUUUUUUAUAGUAUUUAUAAAAGUGCUGAAAUGAAUAAUUAAUCAGAUUAAUAUUUUCAAAUUGUUUUAAGUAAUUUAGCUAUAUCUAAUUCUGAUUAGUAUAUUCAAAUAAUUCAAAGCGAAUCAGCAUUAUUUUCAUUAUGCUCAAUAAUUGAUGAGGCAGAUAUUUAAGUAAAUAAUUAAUUAAUAUUACAAAUAAUUCAAUUUAUUUUGUCAUUACCUGUUCAUUAAAACUUUGAUAUUAUUAUUAAAACAUCAUUAUAAAUGUUAAGUGAAUUUACAAACCAAUUAAAAUUAAACGAUGAGGUUUUGCUAUAAAUAACCUCAUAUUUUUUUAAAUACAUGCUUCAUCCAUUGUUAGGUCCAUUGGCAGGAGUGUAAUAAAUUUAAAAGAUAUCAUUUUAGAGCAUUUGAAUAGAUUUGUAACUUAAGUACUUUGAAUAAUGCUUAAUUAAUUUCUGAAAGUGUCAGAUUCUUAGAAUUACAUUUUAAUGAGUUCAUUAAUUAAUCAUAAGUAAGCAAUUAUAUUGAUGGAAUAAUAAAGUUAAGUUAUAGAUUAUUUGAGUAGGGAAACACUGAUUGUUUAAUAUAAGUAAAUAUAUUUAAAUAAUAAUUUUAGUUAUUUAAUUUUGCAAAUCAAUAAUUUAAAUAAUUAAAAAAUCCUUAGAUUACUGAAAGAUAAUUUAAUUAUAAUAAUACUUUAGUCAUUACAAUACUUUAAUGGAUAAAUUUAAAUGCUUAAGAGAAUGAUUAAAUAAAGUAAUUAUAGGAUUUAUUGUGUCAAUCAAUUUUUGAACCAUUGCUUAUAGUUUUGUAAGGUUUAUAAAGUUUUUCUAUUUAUGAUGAAAUUUUCAAAUUGAUUCAGAUUAUACUCAAAGUGUCAAACUAUUAAAAUUAAUAAUAGAUUAUUCAUUUAUUGUAAAUUUCAUUUUAAAUAUUUCAUACAGAUCCAAUAUAAAAGCAUAAUUGGUUAUAAUUAAUAACUUAAGCUAUUGGUAGGACUUGUGAUCAUUAAUUUAUUGUAUAAUGGGCAAAAAUUUAUGAUUAUUAGAUUCAUAUAUUUUGCAUUGAAUCCUUCAAAUGUUGGAAAGAUCCAGAUUUAAUGAAAGUUUAAUUCGAAUAUGUUAAAGAAUGUAUAAGAUGUUGUCAAUAAGUUCUUUUUGAAUCACCUAAUUUAUAAAACAUAAUUCACAUUAUUUGUGAUGCAUUUUAAAGUUUGAAUUCAUUUGAAAUGCAAAGGGAAAUAUUACAUUUUUUCAAGUAAAAUAUCUAUUAAAUACAUUAGAAUAUUAUUUUAAAGUUUAGAUAAUAGUAAAGAAUACUUCUAUCCUUUAUUAAUGAAGAUAAUAACUACUUUAUUUAUAUAGAUUAGUGAUAUUAAUCCUGCAAUAGUCUUUUAAGUAGUAUAGAUUUUAUAGUUGGUUUUGUAAAAAUAAGUAAAUCAAAAUGAAUUGGAGGAACUCAUUUUUUAAUCAUUAUAAAAAAAUUGGGGAAAAGAUAAACCGCCUUAGAAAGUAAAAGUAGUAAGUUAAGCAAUAAUUUCAUAUUUACUGAAAUCAGAAAAAGGAGAAAUUAAUAGAAAUUUAAAGUUAUUACUAGAGAAUUUAAGACCUGUGAGUGAAGAAGAAAUCAAUUAUAUGUAAUUGGAAUUAGUAAUAAAACGAAAAUGA